AUGGCAAACCAGGCCAGUACCUCACGCCGGUCACAAGGCAAGCCUAGAGAUGCCGACGUGCCGACGUUUUGCACCUGGCCAGCCCAUCCAGAGCGAGAAAACGAACAAAAACCCCAGGGGAAACACACAGGAGAGCAGGAAAUCUCAGAACGCGCACGAUACGAGCAAUCAUCCUUUGCGCCCUCGACAAUCUUUGGAUCGGGCUCUGUCUCGGGCCGCACCCGCUACACUCGCGACGCACACUCGACGGCCUAUACUGCAACAAAUCAGAGUGAACGUGGGGGAAGAGAAGACAUGGCGAGUGUAUAUUCCUAUAAUAGUAGCCGCGACGCCUCGCAAUUCGUUAAAGAAGUCCACGGAAGGAUGUUUAAUAGUCUCAAUGAAGCAUACCUACUACCUUCUGACGAAAAGGAGUGGGGGAGACUAGAUAAACAGGGCUCGGCAAUGACAGUCUCCUUUGACGGACACCUGUAUCCCUGCGCAGACGUCGUUGAAGCCAUUCUGGACCCCUCGACGCCAGGGGAGAAGAGAAUAUUAGACCUAGGCUGCGGCACAGGCGGAUGGGCAAUUGACAUGGCGACCAAGUUUCCUCAUGCAGUCGUCACUGGCGUCGACGUCGCGCCUACACCGCUCGACAUGGAUACCCUCCCACCAAACCUCUCUUUUGAAAUUGACGACGUAAACCUCGGUCUUGAACACUUUCAUAACCAAUUCGACCUCGUUCAUAUGCGAUGCGUCAUGGGUGGGAUCACUGACAUGGACAAAACGCUCCGCGACAUUCAACUCUGUCUAAAACCGGGCGGUAUAUUGAUCGUGAUUGAUGGUGACCAAUAUCUUUACGAAGACAAGCAACGCUUUUUCAAGAUUGCGAGUGUGCCUGGUGAUCGAGAGGGUGGUCUGGCCGAUCCGAACGGGUCGUGGUUGUGUCGGAUGAUCUGGGAGGCAUGCGAGGCGUGCGUUAUGGCAGGGUCAGGCAUGCCACGCUCGCGCGAAAUCAUCGAGCUUGGCCUAUGGGAUUCAGACUUAUGCGACCCGGUGACUGCCUCGGCGGGCUGUGUAUUCUUCCCUAUUGGCCCAUGGGCUCGAGCCGAGACCCAAAUGCUACAAUAUGUCGGCGUGCUCAUGCGCCAAGUCUUUCUAAACAUCCAUCGUGCAUAUCAUGGCAUCUUGCGUAAACACGGUGUACCGCAAGCGACGCUCGAUCAGUGGUCAAAGCUGGUAGACAUCGAGUUGAACCAGUCGAUACGUAAACUGUGGGUGCGCUUCAUGUACUGCUGCGCACGACGUCGAAGCCCAGAUGGCGGUCCCGCGCCGCCUCUGCCCGUUCCUUCGCCACCAGUCAACAAUGACCCAUCUCAGACAAGAGAGGGAAGACCGAGCGGAGAGGAGAUUGUAUAUCCGGAAAAGGAGAUUUAUACCUCGCCCGAGCAGGCGAGAGCCAAGCGCGAACAGCGACUUGCCACAAUGGGGUUCGUGCCGUCGUCGGUCGCGAGGACUUCGUUUGCGGCUAUGAACCAAAUUUAA